UUUGCCAAUGGGGAGGUAGUAUUUUUCUUUUCUUUUCUGUCCUUUCAUAAGAACAGCCCUGCUGGAUCAGGCACAAGGCCCAUCUAGUCCAGCAUCCCGUUCCACACAAUGGCCCACCAGAUGCCUCUGGGGAGCCCACAGGCAAGAGGUAUGUGCAUGCCCUCUCUCCUGCUGUUGCUCCCCUGCAACUGGUAUUGAGAGGCGUUAUGCCUCUGAGGCUAUUGUGAGAGUUCUUGAGAAGUGGGGAGGGGUAUAUACUGUAAGUCUAAGCUAUGUGAUUGGAAACAUACCUUUCUCCAUCCAAAUAGAUUGGGGUGCAUCAGCACAUUUUUGGUUGUGGCUGCUUUUACUUGAAUAACCUUUGUUAUGGUUGGUACCCAAGAAGUACAUGUCUCUGUGGGCCUCCCCUUCCUUACCAGCUAAUGGUGGACCUGGCCAUAGAUUGAGAGCCCUGCUUCAGGAUCACUUUGAAGAAGUUGACAUGAACUUUGCUUUCUGGUGCGGCAACUGGUCCUCCCAAUUUAACCAAUAUAUUAAGAUUGGACUACUGCAAUGUGCUCUAUGUGGGGCUGCCCUUGAAGAUGGUUUGGAAGCUUCAGCUGGUCCAGAAUGCUGCUGCAAGGAAGCUCGUGGGCGCAUGUCAGUAGUAGAGACUCACUGUUUGUGCGAUCAUGGGUUCCCCAGAGAGAUCCUUGGAGACUAUUGUACAAGAAACAGAUGUAAAGCUUAGCCCGAGAAAGUGGUAUAUUAGCACAAGUUCUGAUGAUGAGAAACUUCCGCCUGCCAAGCGUCCUGAAGAAGAAGCCCAAGAAGUUUAUGAAAUCUGGCAGGCAAUCUUGGAGGAUGCAGCUGUAGAAUCUUUUGGAGCCUAGGAGGGUGAGGACCAAUGUCUUGACACACACCCUCUAGCAAUGUGGAACUAUACAGAGCCAGGGAACAUGCAUAUCAGGAACCCUCCUGCAGUGAGAACGCAUCAACCCAGUCAUGUUACUAUGCAGAAUUUCCUAGGAUUUCAAAUGAAUGAUUCAGAUUACAUACCAGCAAGGAAAAGGAAGGCUGCUAUGAAGGGGCUCGUGAGAGAGGGGGUAUAUGGAAUUUUAAAAUACUGUCUGAAGAAUUACAUGCAUGAUUCAUGCUACGGGUGUAUGGUUCAAGCAGGGGGUCAAGACUCACAUGAAUGUGUCACCUGGACUGAAAGAAAUAUUUCCAGAUUUAUUAGAAUAUUGUCUUCAAGGAUGUGUGUGAAAGCAGUGCUCCACAUAAUCAUUAUAAUUGGUUAUAGUCUGAAAAUGCUAAUGCUGACUAAUGAAACAGUGGAUCAGACUCUAAAUCUCAUCACCAGAGUCAAGGAUUCUGAUGACCCGAAGGUGGUGUUAGAAGCUAUCCUGCACCAGAAAGAUUCCAGAAUGCUCUCUUUUGUAAACUGUGUCCUCGAAAAAAGAGAGUACAGACAAUUUCUUGUUCCAGAGGUAGCUGUAUAAAUUCCCUUGCAAAAGUCUAUAUGUAGUAUUUAACACUGCUGCAUUCCUGUGGUGUUGUGUUUUUUUUGUCAGCACAUCCUUAACAUGAUCUCUGUGAUAGAAAGACAGCUUCAGACUGCAUCUGUUUUUCUAUUAAAUGCUGUUUUAUUAUGUAUCAUUUCAUAAAAAUAAAAACAGGGAUGACUCUAAAUAAAUGUCUGAUUUAUUUUUGUUGGGUGUAGCUUAUUUCUGGCUUAUUUUACGAGGGAGGGUGAGGUUGAGGGACCUGAGCCACUGGCAAGAUGAGUCAGAAGAGUUCAUCAGAUGAUAAGGCAGCAGAAGCAAAGAAGAAAUAAGGCACUGGCUUCUAGUUGCCAGAUCUAAGGGGUCUACUCAUGAGUCGAAUGGGCUGUAACCGAAAAUUUGGCUUUAAAAAGGCCAAACUGGUAACCCACUGUUAGAUGCAACCUCUCAUCAGCAUGCACGAGCCAAUCAGCAUGCAUGAGGCAAUCAGCGACCAUGAGUCAAACUGAUAAAAUUACUGUGAGGCAGGAAAGCCCUCUCUUUCAUUCUGAAAACUGCAGCAGGAGCAACAUCAGCAGAAAAAGAAUACCAAGUCAACAGCACUCACCAAAAGAAAGAAAGAAGAAGAAGAAGAAGAAAUGGUUCCCCAAAGAUGAUGAGCAUUAUGGAUGAAGAAUUGAGCGCCCUCGAGAUCUCUGAAGAUAAUGAAGGGCCUGUUCAACCCCGUCAGGCUGAGAGAGCCACUUUUUCACUCUCAAAGGCUUUGGACCCAUAUCUCAUCCCAAAGGAGGUUCUCACAACUCAGGCAGUUAGAAACACAGUACCUGUGGACCUGACAAAUACCCAGGAAGUAUCUGAAUCUGCCCCCAUACGGCUAAAUAGGUUGAAGAGAAAAGCAAAGAGUAAGGAUGUGGAAUUCCAAGAACAGCAGCAACCCAAACACGAGACACUUGGAGGCUCCAACUUGGAGGGCCAGCCACCCUACAAAAAGCCCAGAAGGGUCUGCCAGGAACCUGAACAUGAACCUGGGGUCCGUGAUGAGGAGGCGCUGAAUCUCUGUGCUAAUGAGUUCUUGGCCAGCAUGUCGCAGGCUACAGAAUACAUGCAAACAUUAAUAAAGAAUAAGGCAGAUGCCAUAGAACGCAUGACAGAGGCUGAGCAACAUCGUGAGCAAGCAACACGCAUCAUUCGAAAAGAAAAGGACUUGGUUAGGGAUAUUACACAUCAGCUGCAAACUCUAAUAAAAUGUGGAAGCACAAUGUGUGAUUUUGUAGACAGAAAUAAAAAAGAUCAACCUUACCCUGUCUGUAUACAGGCGGGGGGAGGGGCCAUGUCACACAGUCAACAAGAGGGUUCCGGGGAUGAUUCUGAUAUGGUGUCUGAGCCCCCUGUAGAGCCACAUAGUGUUGCCGGCCAUCAGAUUACAGCCCCCAAGCAGUGUGGUACCCGCAAUAGGUCCUCUCAAGGAGGCAUGGCAUCUGAUGUUGGCAUUGCAGUGGAUUCCCAACCAUUCUCUUCUGAAGAAUCAGCAGGCUGUUCUGAAGAAUGCCCCCCCCCCAUGAAUCUACAGUUUAUUCAGCGUUAUAAUAGGAACUAUGCACGCUUUAAUGGGGUUGAAAUGUAUUAUGAAUUCAAGUUUGUGAAUUUGGACAGAGUACACUCCUUUCGUGAUGCACUAUUGGGGAUGUAUUCUGCUGUUCAAAGGGUUCUGGACAAUAUAAACAACCAUAUAGAACCAGGGGACUUUGUACAGCUCAGAUUGCGAGGGCCAGGGAUUUCAAAGCCCCUUUACUCUGCAAGGAAGCUGGCAGGGCAUCUGAAUGCUGAAACUUUCUUAAGUGCUAUGUCUAACCUGCUUCAAAGUUAUGCUCAAAUUUUAGCUGAUGGGGCAUUAACAGUGGCUGUGAUUGUCAUUACACCUCCACGAGGAGCUGGGCUCAGGCAUAUAAAAUCAAUACCCUAUAACAGCAUUAUACAGAAAAAGAGGCUGCACCUGAUAGAUGUACCCAUGCCUAAUACAGCACUCUGCUUUGCAGCGAGUCUCAUGGCUGUUCUAGAUGAGAGAGCUACAGCUACACAGAUAAAAGAAGGUGCAAAAAAAAAAAACUGUACAGGGAUCUUGGGUGGGCUGAGCAAAAAGAAGUGUCUUUUGCAGAUGUGAAAACCAUAGAGACUCACAUGAAAGUCAAUAUUGUGGUUGUGCAAUGGGAUACUUCUGGAUGGUGUGUUUUAAAAACUCCUGAACAGAAAUACCUCAAAACGUGUUUUCUGUUACUUCAUGAUGUUCACUAUUAUGGGGUUAAGAACACCAAAGGUUUUUUUGGCUCCAGAAAUUUUUGUUAUGUCUGUUACACACCCUAUGCACACCGCCAUGACUGUUUGAUGAAGUGCCACCUCUGUUUGGACACCGGGUGUGUAAAACAUGUGGGGCGAAUAAUCAGAUGCCCCAAAUGCAAGAUGCAGUGUAGAUCACAAGAAUGUUUAGGAAGGCAUAAGAAGCUCUCUGCAAUGGGGCGGGUAGAAUGCAUUCCAUGUGAACUAUGUGAUAAGUGCUUCCAUUAUGUCGAGGCGGAUCAUGAAGAUGAACGCCCCUGUAGGGGAAAACAGUGCCGUGUAUGCUACGACUACCUUUGCCCUGGGGAAGAACACGAGUGUUACAUUCCAUGUUUACAGUACCCCAAGCUAUCAGUAAAAUAUGUGUUUUAUGACUGCGAAUGCAGGCAGGAGGAUGGUGUCCAUGUGCCAAACUAUAUUUAUGCCAGAGCUUUUGAAGGGGAGAUGGUGGAGCCUGUUAAAGCAUAUCAAGAGAAACAGAAAGGCUGGAAAAAGUGGGGCCCCCAAGGGGAAUAUUGGGAAUUUAAGGGGGACUCAUGUUUGAAUGAAUUUGUAAUAAAAUUUACAUCAGACUGUAGCUUUAUGGGGUCCCGGUUUAUAGCCCAUAGUUCGAAGAGCUAUGACGGAAUCCUCAUCUUGAGAGAGCUAAUCAAAGAAGGUCUUGAGGUAGAUCUGCUCACUCAGGGGGAAUCAACUAUGUAUAACAGUUAAAAAUAAUGACAUAAAAUUUAUAGAUUCCCUAUGCCAUCUGCCCAUGGCGCUAGCAAAGCUCCCCAAAGCUAUGGGUUUUCAGGGUUGUAAGGGUUAUUUCCCACAUUUCUUUAAUAAAAAAGAAAAUGAGAGGUAUAUUGGGAAUAUGCCAGGACCCAUGUACUAUGGUGUGGACACUAUGAAACCUGCAGAUAGGGAUGAAUUCAUGAAGUGGUAUGAGGAAAACAAAACAAAAACAUUUGACAUGCAGAAGGAAUUGGCCUAUUACUGUCAGAAAGAUGUAGACAUCUUGAUGCAGGCCUGUACAAAAUAUAGACAUGAACUGGUUGAGAUGACAUGGGAUGUAGUUGAUAAACCUAAGGGGAAGAAAACUGUCAGGGUGCUGGUGGGUACUGACCCCUUCCAAUACCCUACACUUGCUAGUGUGUGCUUAAGAAUGUACCAUUACAAGUAUCUGAAGGAUAAACAGAUCAUCAUAUCGGCCCCAGAUAAUUACCAUAAUCAGUGCAAAAGAUUCUCAACUCUGUCCAUUCAAUGGUUGGAAUACAUGGCCCACAGGCAAAACAUACAUAUUCAGCAUGCUCUGAAAGGGGGUGAGUUUAAGGUUGAUAUUCCUCAGGAACUGCAUGAGGCAUCAGGGGGUGUUAAGACAUAUUAUUUAGAUGGCUAUUCUGUGAAUGGGGGAAAGAAAUGUGCUUUUGAAUUUAACGGGUGUUUUUAUCAUGGGUGUCUAACCUGUUAUCCCGCACACAGACAACACCCUAUGUUGUUGGAAACCUAUGGUUUUCUCCACAAUGCUAGUGAGAGGAAAGCAGAUGUCUUAAAACGAUUGGGGUUUAAAGUCCACUGUAUAUGGGAGCAUGAGUGGACUGAUAUGGUCAAGGGGGAUCAGAAGGUGAUAGAUUUUCUGAAGCAGCGGGAGUUUCCAGAACCUCUGGAACCUAGAGAUGCGCUGUUUGGGGGCAAUACAGGCUGUGUGCGUCUAUAUUAUGAGGCGAAGGAGGGAGAACAGAUUCAUUACCCGGAUUUUACCUCGCUCUAUCCUUUUAUUAUGCGAAAUCACCAGUUUCCUAUAGGCCAUCCUGAAGUAAUUUAUGACUAUUUUAGGCCACUCUCUUAGUAUUUUGGAAUUGCCAAGGUGAAGGUUUACCCACCACACAGUCUCUUUCCCCCCGUCCUACCUGUCAAGGUGAACAGGAAGCUCAUGUUUCCCCUGUGCAGGCUCUGUGCAGACUCACAACAGCUGGAGCACUGUAGCCACAAUGAUGAGAAAAGGGCGCUGGUGAUGGGUACAUGGUGCACAGUAGAAUUGGAAGUUGCUGUGGCUAAAGGGUACAGGGUGGCACAGAUCUAUGAGGUUUGGCAUUUUGAAAGGAGGCCUGACAGACUCUUUUCAGAGUACGUCGAAACAUUUCUCCGGCUGAAGCAGGAAUCUUCUGGCUACCCUGCAGAGUAUGUUAGCAGGGUGGACAGAGAGAGAUACAUUGAUGAGUAUUAUAAGAAAGAAGGGGUGUGUUUACGCCCUGAGAUGAUUGAAGCAAACCCUGCUAAACGCCAAAUAGCCAAGCUUUUCUUAAAUUCCCUGUGGGGGAAAUUUGCUCAGAGGACAAACCUCCCUAGGACCUCCAUAGUGAAAAAACCUGAUGAGAUUUUCCAAUACCUCUUUGAGAUAGUUAUGAGGUCUCUAUGUGUGAAUUCCUUGAUGAUGAUACAUGUUGAGUGUCUUGGAAAGAUGCAAAAGAACGUAUAGUUCCGCCAGGUAACACAAAUGUUUUUCUAGCGUGUUUUACAACAUUGUAUGCACACCUGCAUUUGUACUCUAUCAUGGAGAAACUAGAGGAACAAUGCCUGUACCAUGACACAGAUUCUGUGAUUUAUGUGUCUCGUGAGGGGGAGUACAAUCCUCCCCUUGGAAACUUUUUAGGGGAGCUGACAAACGAACUGCCGUCAGACCAGUACAUAACAGAGUUUGUGAGCACAGGUCCUAAAUCUUAUGGCUACAAGCUGUCUGGGGGUGCUUCGUGUAUAAAAGUCAAAGGGAUUACUCUGAAUGUGUCUAGCUGUCAAAUGAUUAAUUUUGCCAGUCUGAAAGAUCUGGUUUUUGCCUACAUUUUGGAACAGGAUCCUGAAUGUGAGAUCGUGGUAGAGCAGAAUGGUAUAGUUAGAAAUAAGAAGAGAUGGCAGAUAGAAACACGGCUUUUGAGGAAGACACAGAGAGUGGUAUUUGAUAAGCGUGUCAUCAUUGAGGAUUUUAAGACUAUACCAUACGGGUAUUAAAAAUGGAUGCUCGCUGGCAACAACCCUUCUCUUCCAUCCUUGAAGGACCUAGUAACUGUGGUAAAACUUUUUUUCUAAAAAAAAUGCUGGACAAUGCACACAGUGUGGUAUCUGUGAUGCCUGAAAAAAUUGUGUGGUGUUACUCUUGUUGGCAGCCUUUGUACAAACAAAUGCUCUGUAAAUACCCUAUGAUGACGUUUGUAGAAGGUAUGCCUGAGAAAAUUGAUGAUGAUGACUUGUUACCCCCAAAUAAAAUCUGUUUUCUUGUUCUGGA